AAAGUGAAAACUGAAAUGCCCACUCGUUAUCUUUCUCCCUCCAAAUUUCCCCCAAUCUCAACGACCAUGAAAUUUAACCCCAGCCUCUCAUGGCCGUUCUCCUCUCCCUCUCCUCUUCCUCCCGCCUUCCAAACCUUCCCGAAAAUCCCCAAUUGCACCACAACACCAACCCCAAAACUCUCAAUCCUACUUCCUUCCUCGACAAUCGCCAUGUUCAGUCCAAGAGACAGUUUUUGCUCAAAACCACUUCACUCGGUCUCAUAGCCCUAACUUCCCAAACCCCCCUUCCCAAUUCCUUCGCUGUACCUUCUCCCACGCCAAAGCCUGCAUCUUUCUCAGGAAUCGUCAACACAAAAGCUUGGCUUCAGCACUAUGGAGAUGGGUUCUCCAUCCGAGUCCCUCCACAGUUCGAGGACAUCGAGGAACCAGAGGAUUUGAAUGGCGGAUUGUCUCUUUAUGGAGAUAAGGUUAAGCCAAAGACAUUUGCUGCUCGGUUUGCCACUGCUGAUGGGUCUGAAGUUGUGAGUGUCCUGAUUCGCCCCACCAAUCAGCUCAAGAUCACCUUUUUAGAGGCUAAAGAUGUUAGCGAUUUAGGUUCCUUGAAAGAGGCAGCAAAAAUCUUUGUUCCAGCUGGUUCGACUAUAUACACUGCCAGGACAAUCAAAAUAAAGGAAGAAGAAGGUUUGAGGACAUAUUACUUCUACGAAUUUGGUAGAUAUGACCAGCAUGUGGCGCUGGUGGCGGCAGUCAACAGUGGAAAGGCAAUCAUUGCUGGAGCAGCAGCCCCGCAAUGGAAGUGGGAUGACGUCGGAGUGAAGCUUCGUUCAGCUGCUAUCUCACUUACGGUCCUAUGAUAAAAUGCUCUUGACUCCGUUAGUACAAAUUUAUUAGAACAUUCAUAGUUUCACAUACUUGUAAUGUUGACAUUGAAAACCCAAGUCAUGAAAAACAAUGUCUUGAAGCUAGGAUGUUUUCAGACCAACGACAAGUUACCACAACAUUACAAAUGUUUAUCGUUUGAAUCACACAUUCAUAUUCACUCUCUUCUUUCACUCCUGGAAUUCUUCAAUUUCCUGAAUCGACUGCGGGGUGUUGACAGAAGGGUGAUGACAAGCAGUCGUCAAUUCUUUUACGCCCGCUAUAGUCACAACGACAGGUAUAGGUAGGGAAUUGCUCAGUGUGUGAGGCACAGAGGUCUCGCCUCCUCUAAACUCGACGAACUCACUGCAGCAAGAACUGGUGGUGAAUCCACUACAAUCAUCUUGAGCACCACGGCCGUGAGAGAGUUGUCUACAACAGAAGAUGCUGGAAAUCAUGCAAAAAUAUACUUAAUUACUCUAU